UUGAGCCGUGUGGUGUCGCCUCAGUGUGGUGUUGGACAGUAAACAGAACAGUACACCCGGGGUCUGUGAACGCACCCCGCUCAUCAGUUAAGCAGCUCACCUGCGAGAGGAGCACUGAGAGGCGGCUUCACCCCACACCAGCCUCGGCUUUUUCCUCGUUAAACUCCUUACUCGGGGAAGAAAACUAAUAUAUUUAGAAUCGUUUAAAACUUUUAGUUUAGAAUUUCGUUUGUUUUGGUGAUUUAUAACAACUGAAAGAUGCAGCAGCCUUCGGUGACAUCGAGCACAGACGCAGAGUCGCCAGAGCAGUACUCAAAGAGGCGUUGCACAGCGAUGUGGUGCACCGUGGCUUUACACGCUCUGUCCAUCAUCAUCCUGCUGAUCGGCCUCAUGGCUGCUACCCGCACCGGAAACGUGGCAGUGGCUGGUUACUACUCGGGAAUCAUACUGAGCUUUGGGACGUUCUUGGGCAUCGUUGGGCUCAAUGUGGUGGAGAAUCGCAGACCCAUGUUGGUGGCCGCCAUAAUUUUCAUCAGCCUGGGUGUAAUCUCCUGCUUCUUCUGCUCCAUUGUGGACGGCAUCAUUGCUGCUGAGUAUAUUGACAGAAGACCGCUAAUGGAAGGAAGGUGCGAGUUCUAUGCCAGCAGCACAGGUUAUGCCUAUGACAACUACUACAAUGAGGUUGUGUGUCAGAACUAUAACCAAGACUGCAAGCUCAAGGUGAAAUCAAACACCUGUUACUGCUGUGAUUUAUACAAUUGUGAGAGCCCAGGGUACCACACGCAUUACUAUGACUUCACAGGUGUGAGUAGUUGCUGGGACGUGGUGCACCUGCACAGGCUGCUGUGGUCCGACGUAGUGCUCAACGUGCUGGGGGUUUUCCUGGGCAUCAUUACUGCCGCCAUACUGGGAGCCUUCAAGGACCUGGUUCCAGCUGUUCAGUCCCAGAUGUCUCCCAGGCCAGCUCCUCCACCACACAUCCUCUAUAAUCCCACACAGCAUGUGGUCACUUAUGCAGGAUUCUGCCCAUCUGGACAAGCCCUGCCUGCUUACCCCAAUUAUCCAGUGCCCAUGCAGCACCUCAACAGUUACCCAGCAGGCAGCCCUUCUCAGCCCAGCCCCGAGGUUCCGGUGUCCCCUUCGGAAGAGAGCCAUCCUCCCACUCAGCUCAGCAAUACCAACCCUUCUGUUCCAUCCCAGGCCACCUGUCCAGACGCCUCAGGCUAUAUGCUAAGUCCAAACGCACCCUCGCUCUAUCCACACUCAUUAGGGCCUUUUGAAAAGCCUCCACCCUAUGCCUGCUGAAGGACUUUAAAGGACUACUAGAGUUUGGUUCUCAUAAAAGAUUUAGAAGUGUAGAAUGCCUUUUAAUGCACAUUAUGAACCUGGGAAAUAAUUUAUUAUAACUUAAGUCUGAUGGGUCCAGCCUGAUUUGAAAUACUGAUUGUUUUAUCCAUCCUAACCACCAGGGGCAGUGAGAAUCACCUGGAUAACUUCUUGUAUGCGUUCACAAACAUAUCGGGACCUUCAGAUAAAGUCAUGAAGUCAUGUAUGACGCAUCAUAUCAUGCAUAAUGGGGCUGGAGUGGAGUCUCCAUUUUACUCAUUUGGCUGAUGCUUUUAUCCAAAGACUUCCAAUUGAGAUACUUACAGCUGAACAGUUAAAGGUUAAGGGCCAUGCUCAGGGGCCCAACAAUGGCAGUUUGGCAAUGCUGGCAUUCCAACUCAACAGAGCUGAUCAUUAGCCCAAUGCCUUAACCACUGAGGCAUACUUACCUCUUCCCUUCCCUUAUUCCUUCCUAUUUCUUUCUGCUGAGUAGGAGGUUUUUCUCUGUGGUAUGAGUACAUUUCCAAUUAGUCUAAAGUUGUCAGUUCCAUUAGAUGAUUCAGGUGACUUUCAUCACUCCUGGGGGUUAGAAAGAGUGAAAUAGAACACUAGAUAUGUCUAUCUAUGGUUCUGUGAAGAUAACUGUCAGGACUCCUUGUCAUUCAGAACCAGAAAUGAGCCUGUGAGUAAUUUCUACUGCAAAUACUUUCAUGCAUCACUUUGAAUGGUUCUGUGAAGUAUUUGCCCUAUCCUGAUUUCUUGUUUUUGUGUACAUCUUAUAUCAAAUCAUCAUGUAUUAAAAAUUAGAUCUUCAAAUGAAAUACAACAUAAAACAAAGGCAACCUGAGUGUAAACACAAAUAAAUAAAUAUUUUUUUAAAUUAUUUUUAUUGAAACAAAAAAAGUUAUCCAAUACCCAACAAAAAACUUAAUUUCCCCCUUAAACUUAAAAUCUGGUUAUGCCACCUUUUGCAGCAAUAACUGCAACCAUACUCUUCCAAUAACUGGAGAUCAGACUUUCACUUACUUCUAGGCUCUUUUGUGACUUGCUGGAUGAGUCGUUGCUGUGCUCUUGGAGGAAUUUUGGAAGAUCAGCCACUUCUGGGAAGGUUCACUACUGUGCCGAGUUUUUCCAUUUGGAGAUAACGGAGUCCCAGAGCCUUUGAAAUAGCUUUGUAACCCUUCCCAGAUUUAUGUAUUUCAAUCACCUUCUUCCUCAUCAUUUCUGGAAUUUUUUUAGCCUUGGCAGAGUGUGUUACUGAGUAAGACAUUUUAACCAACUUCAUGCUGUUGUAAAAGUUGUAUGCAAGUGUUGAUGUGAUUGAACAGAGUUUGCAGUGAUCAGGUCUGGUUGUGUCUAGUCCACCAUUAUGAAUGCAGUUUCGUUGAUUUGGGGAAUUAGUAACUACAGGGGAAAAUACAUUUUCACACAGCACCAGUUGGUAUUGGAUAAGUUUUUGCUUCAAUAAAUAAAAAACCUAUCAAUCCUUUAAAAACUGUAUUUUGUGUUUACUCGGGUUGCCUUUGUUUUUAUCUUAGAUUUUAUCUCUGAAUUAUCUCUAUUACAAGAUAUACACAAAAACAGAAGAUAUCAGGACAGGGCAAAUACUUUUUCACAGCACCAUAACUUUGUUCAAAGUUAUUCAGGUGAGUCUCACUGUCCCUAGUAGUUAUAGCUGUCAAGACCUGGUUACAUAUUGAGUAACUGCUCUUGUACAAGAAUAUCACCCCCAAAUUAAAGUUGAAGAUGAAGUACUCUGACGAGUUCUCACAUUUACUGUGUUCUGCAAAAUAUGAACAAUUACCAUUAGGCCUACAAAAUUUUAUUUCUUUGAGAAGUCCAUUUGAGAGACUGCAGGAAAUAUCUAAGGAUAAGUUUGACCCAGUAUUACCAUCUUGCACUACAGAAUAUCCAGACCAAAGAAUGAUUUGCUGCUCUAUGCACGAUAGAGCACACAGUCUUAUUACAACCACCUUUAUUUUUGUGUUAACAGCACUCAGCCUCCAGUCAGACAGAGCAGACUGAAGAUUUCCUCAGUACUAAGUGCACCAAGGACUAACAUAAGAGAAUUACAAAAACAAAACACACAAAAAAAUCAAGUACAAUACAGUUGAUUAAAAAACCCAAAUACUUAAACAUAUAAGGAAUGACAAAACAAUUAUAAAACAAUUCUGACUUUGAGCACCUACUCAGCCUUUGGUGACAUAUGAAGGCCUUUCAUUCUAGAAAUAAAGGUAGCAGAAUAUCUGUCUUUUGUUUAAAAAGCAUUGUACAGUCACGUAUUUACAUAUACACUAUGGUACAGCUCUCUCUCUCUCUCUCUCAGUAGCUUGUGUUGUGGCGCAGUGCUUUUU